CCGCCGCCAGCGCCGCCGCCUUCCUUGUGGCCGCCUCAUGGCUUUCAACUUCGGAGCAGCCGCCGGCGCCACAACCGCCCCAAACCCUGCGGGAUUUGGUGGCCUCGAAACGGCAAACUCCCCUGCCAGUGGGUUUAAUUUUGGGGGUUUCGGCUUAACUCCUAACCCCGCAGUGAAUUUUAAUAUUGGGAAUUUUGGUGUGUCUGCUACCUCGGCGCCACCAUUCAAUUUCGGUAACAGUUUGCCCAGCGCAGGAGCCUUUGGAGGGUUUGGGACGACGACCACCACAGCUGGGCCCACAUUUAGCUUCUCCACCCCUGCCAACACAACCACCCCCGGGCUCUUCGGCGCUACUCAGACCAAAGGUUUUGGAUUUGGCGCUGGCUUCGGGACAGCGGCAGGCACCGGAACCGGCCUUGGGACCAGUUUGGGAACUGGGUUGGGCUUCGGAGGCUUCAACACCCAGCAGCAGCCAACCCUCAGCAGCCUCUUCAGUCAGCCGACGCAAGCCCCCACCCAGUCCAACCAGCUGAUCAACACAGCCAGUGCCUUGUCUGCCCCCACCCUCUUGGGAGACGAGCGGGAUGCCAUUUUGGCCAAGUGGAACCAGCUGCAGGCAUUUUGGGGCACAGGCAAAGGCUACUUCAACAGCAGCAGCGCCCCAGUGGAGUUCACGCAGGAAAACCCGUUCUGCAGAUUUAAGGCCGUGGGCUACUGCUGCAUGCCCAACAACAAGGACGAAGACGGCUUGGUCGCCCUGGUCUUCAACAAAAAGGAAGCGGAGAUCCGAAGCCAGCAGCAGCAGCUUGUGGAGUCCUUGCACAAAAUCCUGGGCUCCAACCAGACUCUCACGGUCAACGUCGAAGGUGUCAAGACAAUGCCCGAUGACCAGACCGAGGUAGUCAUCUACGUGGUUGAGCGGUCACCGAACGGGACCUCGAGGCGAGUCCCGGCCACCACCCUCUACGCCCACUUUGAGCAGGCAAACAUCAAGACCCAGUUCCAGCAGCUUGGCGUCACCCUCACCCUGGUCAGGACGGAACUCUCCCCGGCCCAGAUCAAGCAACUACUGCAGAAUCCUCCUGCAGGUGUUGAUCCGAUCAUCUGGGAACAGGCUAAAGUGGAUAAUCCAGAUCCUGAGAAACUGAUUCCUGUGCCGAUGGUCGGCUUCAAAGAGCUCUUGAGAAGGCUGAAGGUCCAGGACCAGAUGACAAAACAGCAUCAGACCAGAUUAGACAUAAUAUCGGAAGACAUCAGCGAGUUGCAGAAAAACCAGACGACGACGAUGGCCAAAAUAGCCCAGUACAAGAGGAAACUGAUGGACCUGUCGCACAGAACGUUACAGGUCUUAAUCAAGCAAGAGAUCCAGAGGAAAAGCGGCUACGCCAUCCAAGCAGAUGAGGAGCAGCUUCGCGUCCAGUUGGACACCAUCCAGUGCGAACUCAACGCGCCCACACAGUUCAAGGGCCGACUGAAUGAGCUGAUGUCCCAGAUCAGGAUGCAGAACCACUUUGGGGCGGUGAGAUCGGAAGAGAGGUACUACAUCGACGGUGACCUUCUGCGGGAAAUCAAGCAACAUCUGAAGCAACAACAAGAAGGUUUGAGUCACCUGAUCAGCAUCAUCAAAGACGACCUGGAAGACAUAAAGCUGAUAGAGCACGGAUUGAACGAGAGCAUCCCUAUCAGGGGUGGGGUCUUCAGCUGACGGACCGCUUCCCGUCUCCGGAGCCCUACGGAAACGCGUUGCUUUGUUCCCCGUGCCUGAAACCGGGAAGGGCGUUGUGUCAAUAAACCCGAGGGAACGUCCUAAGAGAGAUCCGGCGCUUGUGCCAUUUCUCUCCCUCCCCCAUCCCCCCCCCCCCCCCAAUCCAGGUUUUUUCAGCUUCAAAACAGAUUUUAGGCUUAUGAAGCUGAUUUCAAGGGGUGGGGAGGAACUGGGAAGCCGUUUCUGUGAUCUAAAACGUGCAUUUUUUUUGCAGCAUCAGUUGUGUAAAAAAACCCCCACAACUUUCAGUGUUAGAAAUCUUAAUUAGGAAGCGUUACAUUCUCUCUCCCCCCCCCCCUCCCUUCAUACAGACACCACACACAACUGCUGCCUGAUGUGGAUCCAAAGCCCUUUCCCUCGGUCUAGACGAACUGUGUAAAAUUGGAGCCCUUGGUAGGGAUGGGGGCCGGCUGUGGGCCAUUUGUGGGUCUGAAGCUCUGGCAUAAGGCAAAGCCCGAGGCUUUUCGUUGUUGUUGCUCAGAACCCAAAGGCUAUAUUUUUAUAUCACUAAAUCACAAUUUGCAAAGCUCCUUUUCCCUUUUAGAGUGUAAUAAAAACCAGACAUCUACUUCA